CCUCGGGCUUCCGCCGAUGAUGAUUUACAACCAGACUCUCCCUAAAGUAAUGAUCUGAAUCAAAGCACGUGGGGGUUUGUCUCGGUACACAGCGAGGCUGAUCGUGGGUGAUGUGUGCACGUGAUUCUGUCAGACGCUCAGACACACUAAAUGUUUGCUGGCUGCUAACACGUUCCCCGGAAGCCAAAAUGCCGUCUUGCCUGCCAAUUAGACCACGGCUGCUCUCUUCAACUUAGGAAUCACUCACCCUGCAUUGCAUGGUGUGGGUACCCUUGCAGAACUCGGGGACUGACAACAUUGCCUUGCCUCUCGGAGCCAGGGAGAACAUGUUCCUCCGGUGGUUUAUAUACUGGGAUCAGAACCUGGAGCGAAUGAGGGACUUGGUGCUAGGCAGCUUGCAGGCAGUGAGGGAGUGCGAUGUGACAGCGCUGGGCACGGUGACUUGCCUGUUGGCUCUCUUCGUGUGGUACUGUUACCAUGUGGGCAGCGAGCAGCCUCGGAGCUACGCCACGGUGAACGCCAUGAUGCAGGGCACGGCCGUCAACGCCAACGGGCUGCCCAACGGCUACACCCACUGCCAGUCCGCCCACUGCAUCCGCUGUACCCACAACGAGGGCCGCAAUCAGAAACUCUACCACAAUCUGCAGGAGUACGCCAAGCACUACUCCUGGUCAGGGAUGGGCCGAAUCCACAAGGGCAUCCGGGAGCAGGGACGCUACCUCAACAACAGGCCCUCCAUCCAGAAACCAGAAGUCUUCUUCCUCCCUGACCUGCCCACCGCCCCCUUCUUCUCCCGGGAGGCCCAGAAACACGACGCAGAACCUGAGCGGAACUACCAGGUUAUCUUGUCGGAGUUUGAGGCCAUUUACAAGGCGUUUUCAAACUGCAACCUGCCACAGGGCUGGAAGGUCAACAGCACCCCCAGGGGGGAAUGGUUCACCUUUUACCUGGUCAACCAGGGCGGCUGCCUCCCCAGUAACUGCAGGAAGUGCCCUCGGACGUACCGCCUGCUGAGCAGCCUCCGCACGUUCAUCGGCAACAACGUCUUCGGGAAUGCUUGCUUCUCCGUGCUGAGCCCCGACACGCUGAUUACCGAGCACUACGGCCCCACCAAUGUCCGCAUCAGGUGCCAUCUAGGUUUGAAGGUUCCCAGUAACUGUGAGCUGGUUGUAGGAGGUGAGCCACAGUGUUGGGCAGAAGGCCGCUGUUUGCUGUUUGACGAUUCCUUCCUCCACACAGCGUACCACAAAGGCUCCAGCGAGGACGGACCGCGGGUGAUCUUCAUGGCUGACUUGUGGCACCCAAACGUGGCUGCCACCGAACGCCAAGCUCUCGACUUCAUCUUUUCGCUGGGCCGCUGACUCCUCGCCGUUCCAUCUGCGUCUGUUU